CGGAAUGGAAACCGAAAGCAGCGGCUGCGGGCGGGGCCGGGCCGGGGUAGCUGCCCUGCUGAGGAAAGCAGGGACGCGCCGGUGCGGGCGCGCCGGCUACCGGGGGACGGAAUGCUCCCCGCGGGGGGCGGGAGAGGCUCGGGGGCGCCGCCGCCAACCGGGAGGGAGCGGAGCAGAGCGGGGCGGGGCGGGGCGGGGCGAGGCCAGGCGGGGCUCGCGGGGAAGUGGAAAGCGAAACUUGGGUCGCAGCCUUCCCGGGCGUGCGAGUUGCGCAGCAGUGCUGAGCGGCAGCGCUUGUGUUCGGGCGCAGGAGCGGUGCUGCCCCGCAGCUGAGCGCGGCCGGCGCCCUGCGGAGGAGUCCCUGAGUCGAGCCAUGGAGGAGGCCAGGCAGGAGCCUCUCUCCUGGCGGCUCCGAGCCAGAGGAAGAGGGCACACAAAUCACCAGGACCCUGUCUUCAUACAGACAGGCAGAAAUGGGACUGCUAAUGCAGUGGGCCAGGCAGCUGGCUUAGGGGGAAGCAGCCAAGGCAGCAUUUGUGCUCUGCAUGAGCAAAGAAAGGAGAGAUCCUCUGGCUCGUGGAUAACUCCAUCAGGCGAAAAGGAGCCAGGAAAACAAGACGGACAGGCCAACAGCAGAACCACAGCAGGCUGGAACGAACAGGGGAGUGAGGGAUGGAGAAUAAGGCUUCAAGGUGGACAAGCACACGAGACGGCCAGAGGGCCCUGGAAUGAGCAAGAAAAGGAGGGCAGGGGAAGGAGGUAUCAAGGUAGACCAGCCCAGGAAGAAGCUAGAAUGCUGAGGAGUGGGAAGGAAAAUGAAGGUAGAGGAAGAAGAAUGCAGGAUCAGGAGAAUUCUCGUUUCCACCAGAGCCCUUCUCCAGGUGGUGCCCGGCCCAGUGAGCAGCCUCAGCAAGUCAGGAGGAUGGGCUAUAAAUUCCUAGAAAGUCUCCUCUCGAAAGACCCUUCCGAAGUUGCCAUCACACUCGCUUCCAGUUCAGGCUUGAAGGAGCUUCUUUCGCAAACAGCUAUGAAACCAAAUCUGGUUCAGCUCAUUUGCCAGGUGCUUCAAAAAGCUUGCAGCUCCCGCACGGACAGGCAGAGUGUCCAGCAGCUUCUCCUGGAGCUGAGGGAGUCCAACUUCCUCAAGAUCUGCCUGCCCCAGUACGUGUCUGAGAUGGUAACGGAAGCAGACCUUGCCGUGCGUCGUCAGUACCCUCUGCAUAUCAGCAGCAUUGUCUCACUUCUUCAGAGCCUGAUCAGUGUCUUCCCAGCCAGCUCUGUGCAGAAGAUCUCCGUUCUUUUGACAGUCUUGUCGGCAUCCAUCAAUGUCCUGAAAGAUUCUGCUGUGGACAUCACAGAGGAGACAGAAAAGAAUCUAAACAAGGUGCAGGUGCUCGUGCAGCAUCUGCAGGAGAGGAAACGUGAGGGCACGCUGGGGGCCGAUAACCAUCCUUUUGUGCAGCCUCAGCCCGAGGGCCCGGAGGAAGACUACCGUAGGAUGAGCAUUUAUCCUACGUACGAUGAGGUGCACCACGGCAAGAAGCCCUUUCUGCGCCCCAACAUCAUUUCGGGAAGGUACGAGAGCACCAAGAUCUAUCUUGACACCCAUUUCCGGCUCCUGAGGGAGGACUUCGUAAGGCCUCUGAGGGAAGGCAUCGCGGAGCUCUUGCGGAACUUCGAGGACAGGGCUUGGAGAAGGAAAAAAUUUGAUGAUAUCAGGAUCUACUUCGACGCACACAUCCUCACCCCUGUCUGCACCCCAACUGGUGUUGCUUACAAGGUCCAGUUUGACAUCAAGCCACUGAGGUUCGUGCGCUGGCAGAACUCCAAGCGGCUGCUGUAUGGGUCCCUGAUCUGCAUGUCUAAGGACCGCUUCGAGACCUUCCUCUUUGCCACCGUCUCAAACCGUGACAGCGCAGAGCUCGCGCGCGGGACCGUGCAGCUGUGCUUCAGCGCUCAGAGCCAGGCGCUGCUGGAAGAGGCUACACCCUCGGACUCCUUCCUCAUGGUAGAGACAACUGCCUACUUUGAGGCCUAUCGGCACGUGCUGGAAGGGCUGCAGGAGGUCCAGGAAGAAGAUGUCCCUUUCCAGAGGUACAUCGUGGACUGCGACGUGCAGCUGAAGCAGCCGGCAUACCUGACUGCGGGCACCGUCUACAACCUGGCACCCCUGGUGAACCUCCCUUCUGCAGAUGAGCAGAUGCACCCCAAUGCUCAGGGAAGGCAAAGCUGCUGUGUUCUAGACCCCAGCCAGUGGCCUUCAAAGGAAACCUUGAGAUUAGAUGAGUCUCAGCUGCAGGCAUUGAGACUUGCACUCACCAAGGAGCUGGCUAUUAUCCAAGGGCCUCCUGGGACUGGGAAGACUUACGUGGGACUGAAGAUUGUUCAGGCUCUCUUGGCUAAUAAGCAUGCGUGGGAAAGUGCUGGCCACAGGUCUCCCAUCCUUAUAGUCUGCUACACUAACCAUGCACUGGAUCAGUUCCUAGAAGGAAUAUACAGGUUCCAGAGGUGUGGGAUAGUUCGCAUCGGGGGCAGAAGCAGCAGUGAGGUCUUGAAGCAGUUCACCUUGAAGGAGCUGAGGAAGGGCUGUGGGUCCCGACACUAUCCAGCACACCUCCGCAGAGCCUAUGUGAACAUCACCACUGUGAUGAAGCAGGCUGAGAACUUGGUGCAAGAGGGAGUGGAGCACCUGGAGUGCACCACGCAUGGAGUUGUGCACGAGCGGCAGCUGCUGGCAUGCAUCGCACCCCUGCACUGGAGCAGCCUGAUGAGGGCUCUGGAUGAUGAGGAGUUUCAGAGUGCCCCACCCUAUGCGAGACCCUCGGUGAUUCUGGAGUGGCUGGGCCUUGGUGCAACUGUCUUCACCCAGAGUGCUGCAGAGGAUACAGAGGCUGAGAAUGCAGGUGGUCAGCAGGAGGGAGAGGAGGGGUGGGAAGAUGAAGCAGAAGAGGAGCUUUUGGAGAUCCUAGAGGAAGCUGACCUGAUUCAAGCUGACAGAGUGAUUGAGGAUGAAGAGGUAGCAAAGCCUCAGAGAAGGAAGGAGAAAGACUACAGAGGUCUUCCUAAACUAUCCAAAGUGAUGUUUGCUCUAAAGCUGGAGGAUGAGGAAGAAGAAACCCAACCACAACAGGAAGCUAUGCAGUGGGAGGUCACUGCUGCCCAGAGGAAGAAAAUGAAACAGAGGAUGAAGGUUGAGCUCCGUAAACUGAGUGCCAUGACUGAGUUGGAGGCCAAGACUGUUCAGGAUGUGUGGCAGCUUGACCUGGACUCGCGCUGGCGGCUGUACAGGCUUUGGCUGCAGACCUAUCAAAGACACAUUCAGGAGAGUAUUCUGCAACAUGCCCAGCGGUAUCGGGAGGCAGCAGAAAGGCUGGCAGAGCUGAGGCUGCGGGAGGAUCUCCUCAUUCUCAACGAGGCCAGAGUUGUGGGGAUGACCACUACAGGUGCUGCCAAAUACCGUCAGAUCUUGCAGAUAGUUCAGCCCCGAAUUGUCGUCGUAGAGGAGGCAGCAGAGGUGCUCGAGGCUCACACCAUUACCACUCUGAGUAAAGCUUGCCAGCAUCUUAUCCUCAUCGGAGAUCAUCAGCAGCUGCAGCCCAGUGCAAAUGUGUAUGACCUGGCCAGAAAAUUCAAUCUGGAAGUCUCCCUCUUUGAACGGCUGGUGAAGGUCAAUUUCCCCUUUGUCUGUCUGAAAUACCAGCACCGCAUGCGCCCGGAGAUCGCCCAGCUGCUCUGUCCUCAUAUCUACCCGGUGCUGGAGAACCACCCCUCUGUGCUGCUCUACAACGACAUCAAAGGGGUCUCAUCUAACCUCUUCUUUGUGGAGCAUAACUUCCCUGAGCAAGAGAUGCAGGAGGGGAAGAGCCACCAGAACCCACACGAGGCCCACUUUGUAGUGGAACUGUGCAAAUACCUCUUGCACCAGGGUUAUCGACCUUCUCAGAUCACCAUUCUCACUACUUACACUGGACAGCUCUUCUGCCUGCAGAAGCUGAUGCCAGCCACGACCUUUGCAGGUGUGAAGGUUCAUGUAGUAGAUAAGUACCAGGGGGAGGAGAAUGAUAUUGUUCUGCUGUCACUCGUGCGGAGCAACAAAGAGGAGAGGCCUGGCUUCUUACAGAUCCCUAAUCGGAUCUGUGUGGCAUUAUCCAGAGCUAAGAAGGGGCUGUACUGUAUUGGGAACAUGAGAAUGCUGGGCAAGGUUCCCCUCUGGAGCAAGAUCAUUCACACCCUUCAAGACAAAGGUCACAUUGGCCACUCAUUGAUGCUUUGCUGUCAAAACCACCCUAAAGUCAAGACUCCAGUAGCAACAGCAGCAGACUUCAACCAAGUCCCAGAAGGAGGCUGCACUCUCCCCUGUGAAUUCAGACUGAGCUGUGGGCAUGUUUGCACAAGGAUCUGCCACCCCUACGACUUAGAGCACAAAGACUACCAGUGUCUGAAGCCUUGUCAGAAGGUGCUUUGUGCAGAUGGGCACCGCUGUCCCCGCUCGUGUUUCGAGGAGUGUGCACCAUGCCAGGUGGUAGUAGAGAAAACUAUUUCCAAGUGUGGCCACCUGCAGAUGGUGCCCUGCUCUCUGGAAGAGAGCAAGUUUGUGUGCCAAGACACUUGCCAGAAAAAGUUGAAUUGUGGGCACAAAUGCAACAGAAUCUGUGGGCAAGAAUGCACCAAGCAGUGUCCUGAGUGGGUUACUGCCAUGCUGAAAUGUGGCCAUGCUCAACAAGUUAAAUGCUGGAUGGCUGAGGCGAUAAAAGAUGGGAAGCCUGUGGAGUGUAAGGCUAAGUGUACUGCCAUCCUGCAGUGUGGCCACCCGUGCUCAGGUUCCUGCCACACUUGCUUUGGAGGAAGGUUUCAUGAGCCCUGCAAGAGCCCAUGCACACGCCUCCUGGUCUGCUCCCACAAGUGCCAGCAGCCUUGUACUGCAGAGUGCCCUCCCUGCCAGCUGGAAUGUCAGAACCAGUGUGUCCACAGCAGGUGCAAGAAGAAGUGUGGAGAGCGCUGCUCGCCGUGCGCCGAGCCCUGCGAGUGGCAGUGCCAGCAUUACCAGUGCACCAGCCUCUGCUCUGAGCCCUGCAACCGGCCUCGCUGCAACGUGCCCUGUGCCGCGCUGCUCCGCUGCGGCCAUCCUUGCGCUGGGCUGUGUGGAGAGCCCUGCCCCAAGAAGUGCCUCGUCUGUGACCGGGAGGAGCUCACCCAGAUCUUUUUUGGCUUCGAGGAUGACCCAGAUGCUCGAUUUGUACAGCUUGAGGACUGUGGCCAUGUCUUUGAGUCCCAAGGCCUUGACCAUUAUAUGGAUGAAGAUGAUGAUGUUGUCAAGCUGAAGGUGUGCCCUAUGUGUCAGACACCCAUCAGAAAGAACCUGAGGUAUGGCACCACCGUGAAAAGAUGCCUGGAGGAGAUAGAGAAGGUGAAAGAGAAAGUCCAGGGUCCAGCACAGGAGAUUGAGUCUAACAGACAGAGGCUGCAGCAGGCCCUGGCCGGCAGCGAUGCUUUGCAGAGGAAUCUGCUCUUGAAGUACUUCAUGAUAGAAAAUAAACUAAAUGCUUCUGCCCUCUCCACCAGGAGUCUUGCACUGAUUGAGAACCAGCUUAACUUCUACCAACGUGUAGCAGACCUAACCACUUACCUGAGCAAAGUUGGUGCAAGUGAGAGGCGAGGGCUGGAGCAGCGGCUGGUCGAGGUCCAGCAGUGGCUGGACAAGCGACGCCUCAGCUUCUCGGGGCAGGAACUCUCUGACCUGCAGGCUGAGCUCCAGAGAUUGACCUAUUUACUGAGGCUGCUGGCAAGGUGUGAAGCUGCCCGCAAGAAAAUCACCCCAGCGCUGGCAGCGACGAUUGCCGCUGUCCGUGAGAUCCUGGAAGGGACGAAGAAAUUCACCGAGCAGGACGAGGCUGCGGUGAAGGCUGCCCUGGAGAGGCUCUGGGCUGCUUUGCCUGCCUCGGAGCUGGGCAUCACGGAGGCGGAACGGGUGCAGAUCGUCAGCGCCAUUGGCUGCCCCCGGGGGCACUGGUUCAAGUGCAGAAACGGGCACAUCUACGUGAUCGGGGAGUGCGGGGGGGCCAUGGAAAGGGGUCGGUGCCCCGAGUGCCAUGAAGUCAUCGGGGGUGCGAACCACGCUCUGGACAGCACCAACAGCCUCGCUUCUGAGAUGGACGGAGCGACCCACGCAGCCUGGUCCGAGACCGCCAACAACCUGCUCAACUUCGAGGACCUGCGGCGGCUGCUGUAGCCUGGCGGCGGCUGUCCCACGCCUCGCUCCGCUGCCCCGGCCGGGGGCCGCCGCACCGGCUUCUCGCUGCCCCUGUAGCUAAUAAAGCGUUACCAGCGCGCA